GAAACAUAGCUUGGCAAAGAACCUUCAGAGAGCAGUGUGUCGUUACACUAAAAAGAAUGGAAGUCUUUGCGGUCUCGUUUUUAUUCAAUAAAUGCUGAACCUUUUAUUAACCUUCAUCUGACUUGAACGCUGACCCUCGUGUCAUACUUUAUUUAGUUGUUCUUGAAAUAUCAUAGUUCGGGGAGUAGCCUAUUUCACUGGGAAUUUGAGAAUCAUUUCACCCAAGAAUCACAUUUUCUGAGAAUCAUGAAACAUUUGCCAUUCUGCGCCUCUAGCCUACAGAAGACGAUUGAGUAACUUCAUAGAGUUGGAUAAGUCCGAUUUAAUUGAAGAAAAAAGAAAGCAGGCAAUUUAUUGCAGGAAAAAAACGAUUUCAACAACAUGGAUGUCGCCGGGAAAAUACUGAAUAAAACAGUGUCCGAAGAAGAGCACUCUGGAUUUGACACUGUGCGUGUAUGCUGCAACGUUUCAGCAGCAGCAGUUAUCACCGACAAUGGAUUCGGUGCGUCUCAUCCAGAGGAACAUGACCUCUUCAUAAUGCGUGUGGUGCAGAUCGCGGUCCUGUGCGUAUUGUCACUCACUGUGAUUUUUGGCAUAUUUUUCCUUGGUUGCAAUCUUCUAAUUAAAACAGAAAGUAUGAUCAGUCUUUUUGUAGAAGACCGGAGACCGUCUACGGACAAUGAUAUGAUCAUGGUUGCCUCAUAGGAUUGUAGGCCUACUUGUUUUUUAAAGUAAUGUAUUUAAAAAAAAGCAUCUUUAUUUUAUUUUCAAAUCAUAAAGUUUCCAGUAUGUUUCUUGAAUAUUAUUAUUCACUGUUCGUAUCACCAUUUUGUUGAAAGAGAACCCUUUAAAAGUUUAAUUGUCAAAAUCGGGCUUGUUUUCUUUUUACAGCCUAUACCUACCCUAUAGAAUGUUUUCCAUCAUUGUAGGAAUACCAAUAAAAAUCUA